AUGUCAAGUUUUGACAACGCGAGUAAGCAACCUUCAAGGACGCAAGGGCGCUUUCCCAGGGCUUCCUCCGAUACGGUCGACCCAUACUACGGUCACGAAGAGACCGCGAAACUGUGUGCUAGAUUCGUCACGCAUUUGUUUGCGUGUCCGGAUCUGCCUCCAUUAUCCACCGCCGUGCCUCCCGCACCCUCCCCUCCCCUGGCGAACUUUAUCGCGUACGCCCUCCAUCGUACACGAUUACACUCGUCGGUCACCUUUGCCGCGCUCUAUCUGCUACAACGCCUAAAAGCCCGGUUCCCUGCCGCGCGGGGUUCCUCAGGCCAUCGUCUAUUUAUAUCGGCGUUCAUGAUCGCGUCGAAGGUGAUCUACGGCGACACUUACUCCAACAAGUCCUGGUCGAUCGUCGGCCAGGGUAUGUUCGCCCUAAGGGAAAUCAACCAAAUGGAGCGGGAAAUGUGCUCGUAUUUGGAGUGGCAGCUCAACAUCGAGCCCAACGCGCUGAAGGAGUUCGAGGCGAAGGUACGACGUGACUUCAAGGGCCUCGGGCCCUUCCCGACGUAUGUCCUUCCUUCCCCCGCUCCCUCACCCAUGCCCUCGACGACGCCAUACAACGCUCAAACGGGUCCUGCACCCACUCCAUCUUUCGCUGCACACUCGCAGCAGCCGCCAUCGACUUCGCCGCAGGAGCCGCUGCCCCCGCCUGUGCCUGUGCGUGCGGGUGCCCUAUCACUUUCCGCGUCGUCCUCGCCCGAUAUUCCCGAGUUGUCUAUGUCUACGUCUACGUCGCCCGCGUCAAGUGCGUCGCCGUCGACACCGCUCGGGUAUGAGGAGAACCUAGUACGGGUUGUAUCGAGCGGGACAAUCGGGACACCCAUCAACAUCGACUCGCAGUCGCCCACGGCUGCGUCGCACAUAGCCGGGAUAUCGAGUACUACGGCGACGUACGCCUCCCGCAACGUCCCUUCGGUCCCCCAGAAGGCCAAGCGUGGGGAGAUCUUCGCCCAUGCAGCCCCCUGUGUAUGGUAG